AAGAGUCGUGUGUGCGACGCGAUUCAUUAUUUGCAAUUUAUUAAAUUAAUUAAACCAGUAUAAGCAAGAUAAUCAUCACCGAAUAGUGUUAUUAUUAUUUUUAAGUUAAGGAACCAAUAAUUCGCCAAGAUGCCGCGAAUUAUGAUAAAAGGCGGCGUUUGGCGCAACACCGAGGAUGAAAUCCUGAAAGCGGCUGUUAUGAAAUAUGGCAAAAACCAGUGGUCUCGUAUCGCUUCGCUUCUUCACCGCAAGUCAGCUAAACAGUGCAAGGCCCGUUGGUACGAAUGGUUGGACCCGAGCAUCAAGAAGACGGAAUGGUCGCGCGAGGAGGACGAGAAGUUGCUGCACCUGGCCAAGCUGAUGCCGACGCAGUGGCGGACUAUUGCUCCUAUUAUUGGUCGCACUGCAGCUCAGUGCUUGGAAAGAUAUGAAUAUUUACUGGACCAGGCUCAAAAGAAGGAGGAGGGUGAGGACAUGGGAGAUGAUCCCCGCAAGCUGAAGCCGGGUGAAAUUGACCCCAAUCCUGAAACUAAACCAGCCAGACCUGACCCUAAAGACAUGGAUGAAGAUGAACUGGAAAUGCUAUCAGAGGCCCGUGCGCGUCUUGCCAACACACAAGGCAAAAAGGCUAAAAGAAAAGCAAGAGAAAAACAGUUGGAGGAAGCAAGACGGCUUGCUGCACUGCAGAAACGGAGAGAAUUAAGCGCUGCUGGUAUUGCUGUGCCUAUGAGGCGCAAGAAAAAGCGUGGCGUCGACUACAACUCAGAGAUUCCGUUCGAGAAGCGGCCAGCAGCUGGUUUCUUCGACACAUCCACAGAGGUAGUUGACCCCAUGGCGCCUGACUUCUCGCGCCUUCGGCAACAGCAUCUCGAUGGGGAGCUGCUCUCGGAGAAAGAAGAGAAAGACAGACGUAAGGACAAGCAGAAGUUAAAGCAGCGCAAGGAAAACGAUGUACCGCAAGCCAUGUUGCAAGGCGACCAGCCCGCGCGUAAACGCAGCAAGCUUGUUCUGCCGGAGCCGCAGGUCACAGAUCAAGAGCUCCAACAAGUGGUGAAGCUAGGCCGAGCUUCCGAAGCGGCCCGCGAAUCAGCCGGCGAAGCAGGCGCUGCCACCGACGCCUUGCUAGCCGAUUAUGCACUCACCCCGACACCUGCAACUGCCUUGCGUACACCCAUGCAGCAUCAGGACAGGAUCCUAAUGGAAGCCCAGAACGUAAUGGCUCUAACACACGUGGACACGCCACUCAAGGGCGGGCUGAACACGCCGCUGCAGCAGAGCGACUUCUCCGGCGCCCUUCCCCAGGCACAGGCGCUCGCCACGCCCAACACCGUGCUCGCCACUCCCUUCAGGUCGUCCCGCAGCGAAGUGUCGACGCCGGGCAGCUUCGCGACGCCGGGCCGCGGUCCCACGCCUGCCGGACUCGUUACUCCAGGGUUGCGCGACAAAUUGAGUAUCAAUCCCGAAGACAGACUGAGCGCCGGGGACACGCCACAACAAGUCAAUCAGUUGCAAAAGCAGCUAAAAUCAUCAGUGCGCAACGCACUGCAGUCGCUACCCACGCCACGCAACGACUACGAAAUCGUGGUCCCGGAUCAAGACGAUGAGCCCAUGGAGGCCGAGGCCGCCGCCGCACGCCUUGAGGACCAAGCCGAUGCUGAUGCCAGGAUGAUGCAAGAGCAGGAGGAAAUACGCUUGGCCGCAUUCGCUCUCCGUUCGACGGCCGUGAAGCGCGGUCUCGCGCGGCCGGCCGACGUGAACGCGUCCGUGCUGCGCGCGCGCGGCACGGCGCCGCUCACGCACCUGCAGCGCGCCGAGGAACUGCUCAAGGCAGAGAUGGUCACCAUGCUGCACUAUGACGCUCUACACGACCCUCCCUCAGGCGUCGACAAAAAGCGAGCGGUACAGCUGCAAGCAUCUCACCUCGCAUACUUAGAACAGCACCCAUACGAGGAGUUCACCCCUCAAGAGCUCGACGCGGCGAAGGCAGAGUUGCAGAAGGAAAUAGAAGUAGUCCGCUCGGGUAUGGGACACGGUGACCUCAGUCUCGAUGCCUACACACAAGUGUGGGAGGAGUGCUUAGCGCAGGUUUUAUUCUUACCUGGCCAGUACAGAUACACGCGCGCCAAUCUAGCGAGCAAGAAGGACAGACUCGAGUCGGCGGAGAAAAGACUAGAGCAGAACAGGAACCACAUGGCGAAGGAGGCCAAGAAGUGCUCCAAGAUGGAGAAGAAACUAAGAGUACUCACAGGUGGAUACCAAAGCAGAGCAGCCUCGCUCGUGAAACAGUUCCAAGAGCUGCAAGACCAAAUAGAACAGGCAAACCUGGAGCUGUCCACGUUCAAGUUCCUCGCCGAGCAGGAGAAGGCGGCCAUUCCGAGGAGGAUAGAGUCAUUGACGGAAGACGUGAACCGCCAAACGGAGCGCGAGAAGCAGCUGCAGAAGCGAUACGCGGAGCUGCAGGCCGAAAUAGAAGACCUACAGAAAAACAGCCGCCCGCUCAAGGACGUCGACAUGAGGGAGAUGAAAGACGUCGAUAUGAGAGAGAAGAUGGAAGAAUAAUCUUGUUGUUAGGGUGUAAACCACAACCACUAGUUAGGUCGUCCUUACACUAUGAUUGGUAGGCUUCAUAUGUUAUAUCAAGAUAUGAAUAGUGAACACUGCUAAAAGAUCCACAAGUCAAACCUCAUUGCCAGUUCGUAUCUAAAAAACCGGACAAGUGCGAGUCGGACUCGCCCACCGAGGGUUCCGUACUUUUUAGUAUGUUGUUAUAGCGGCAACAGAAAUACUUACAUCAUUUGUGAAAAUUUCAACUGUCUAGCUAUCACGGUUCAUGAGCGUUCACGGUUGAUGAUACAGCCUGAUGACAGUCGGACAGAGGAGUCUUAGUAAUAGGGUCCCGUUUUUACCCUUUGGGUAAGGAACCCUAAAAAUUACCGAUCUAUAUGAAAUAAAUCCAAAACAAGUAAUGGUGUUAUUUUGGGUAGUCAGAGCAUGGCAUGUGGGCUAACAAUUUUGUAUAAGAAUGGCACAUUAUAUUUCAGUAGGUAUAUCACUAUAAAAUUGUCUAUACUAGUAAUGCUAUUUAAAUAACAAUAUUAUAUUGGUGUCAAAAGAUAAUUUAAAACGAGAUGUGCAGAUAUUUUUGCAGCUGACGACAUUGUUACUUUAGUACCUAAUGUUUUGCUGUGCAAAUAAAUAUGUAUAAUUCAAAUCCGUGAAAUACAACUGUCAUAAAUAUACACCAUUAGUUGUUCAAGAAAAUACUGUAUUCACAAGUUGACUCUCCCGUUA